UUUUAUGGUUCUGUUUUCGUGGUUCUGUCUCACAGAUGUCUGGUUCUCCAUUGUUCUGUAUCAGAUGUCUGGUUCUUCAUGGUUCUGUCUCAGAUGUCUGGUUCUUCGUGGUUCUGUCUCAGAUGUCUGGUUCUUCAUGGUUCUGUAUCAGAUGUCUGAUUCUUCAUGGUUCUGUAUCAGAUGUCUGGUUCUUCAUGGUUCUGUCUCAGAUGUGUGGUUCUUCAUGGUUCUGUCUCAGAUGUCUGGUUCUCCAUUGUUCUGUAUCAGAUGUCUGGUUCUUCAUGGUUCUGACUCAGCUGUCUGGUUCUUCAUGGUUCUGGAUCAGUUGUCUGGUUCUUCAUGGUUCUGGAUCAGUUGUCUGGUUCUUCAUGGUUCUGCUUCAGCUGUAUGGUCCUUCAUGGUUCUGUCUCAGAUGUCGGAUUCUUCAUGGGUCUGUCUCAGCUGUCUGGUUCUUCAUGGUUCUGGAUCAGUUGUCUGGUUCUUCAUGGUUCUGUAUCAGAUGUCUGGUUCUUUAUGGUUCUGGAUCAGUUGUCUGGUUCUUCAUGGUUCUGUAUCAGAUGUCUGGUUCUUCAUGGUUCUGCUUCAGCUGUCUGGUUCUUCGUGGUUCUGUAUCAGCUGUCUGGUUCUUCGUGGUUCUGUCUCAGGUGUCUGGUUCUUCGUGGUUCUGUCUCAGGUGUCUGGUUCUUCAUGGUUCUGUCUCAGGUGUCUGGUUCUUCAUGGUUCUGUCUCAGGUGUCUGGUUCUUCAUGGUUCUGUCUCAGAUGUCUGGUUCUUCAUGGUUCUGUCUCAGGUGUCUGGUUCUUCGUGGUUCUGUCUCAGGUGUCUGGUUCUUCGUGGUUCUGUCUCAGGUGUCUGGUUCUUCAUGGUUCUGUCUCAGGUGUCUGGUUCUUCAUGGUUCUGUCUCAGUUGUCUGGUUCUUCAUGGUUCUGUAUCAGAUGUCUGGUUCUUCAUGGUUCUGUCUCAGGUGUCUGGUUCUUCAUGGUUCUGUCUCAGUUGUCUGCUUCUUCAUGGUUCUGUCUCAGGUGUCUGAUUCUUCCUGGUUCUGUCUCAGUUGUCUGGUUCUUCAUGGUUCUGUCUCAGGUGUCUGUUUCUUCAUGGUUCUGUAUCAGAUGUCUGGUUCUUCGUGGUUCUGUAUCAGCUGUCUGGUUCUUCGUGGUUCUGUCUCAGGUGUCUGGUUCUUCGUGGUUCUGUCUCAGGUGUCUGGUUCUGUCUCAGGUGUCUGGUUCUUCAUGGUUCUGUCUCAGUUGUCUGGUUCUUCAUGGUUCUGUCUCAGGUGUCUGGUUCUUCAUGGUUCUGUCUCAGUUGUCUGGUUCUUCGUGGUUCUGUCUCAGUUGUCUGGUUCUUCGUGGUUCUGUCUAGGGCUGCACGAUAUGAGGAAAACUCGCGAUAUGCGAUAUUGGUGAUUAAUAUUGCGAUAACGAUAUAAUUUGCGGUAUACAAACA